AUGAGAAUACGUUACUGUCCCUUUUCUUGUGGGCAUAAAAUCGAUUACUCUUUUAUUUAUUUCUUCUUUCCUUCCUCCCUUCCUUAUUUCCUUCCUUCCUUCCUCCCUUCUUUCCUCCCUUAUUUCCUUCCUCUCUUCCUUAUUUCCUUUUUUCUUUCUUUCCUUCUUUCCUUCUUUCUUUCCUUCCCUCCUUCCUUCUUUUCUUCCUUCUUUCGUUCUUCUUUCCUUCCUAUCUUCCUUCUUUCCUUCUUAUUUCCUUCCUUAUUUCCUUCCUUCUUUCCUUAUUCUUUCCUUCUUUUUUCUUUCUUUUCUUCCUUCCUUCUUUCCUUCCUUAUUUCCUUCCUUCUUUCUUUCCUUCCAUCCGUUUCUUCCUUCUUUCGUUCCUCUUUCUUUCCUAUCUUCCUUCUUUCCUUCUUAUUUCCUUCCUUAUUUCCUUCCUUCUUUCCUUAUUCUUUCCUUCUUUUUUCUUUCUUUUCUUCCUUCUUUCUUUCCUUCCUUAUUUCCUUCCUUCUUUCUUUCCUUCCAUCCGUUUCUUCCUUCUUUCGUUCCUCUUUCUUUCCUAUCUUCCUUCUUUCCUUCUUAUUUCCUUCCUUAUUUCCUUCCCUCUUUCCUUCUUCUUUGCUUCCUCUCUUCCUUAUUUCCUUCCUUCCUUCUUUCCUUCCUCCCUUCUUUCCUCCCUUAUUUCCUUCCUCUCUUCCUUAUUUCCUUCCUUCCUUUUUUCAUUCUUUCCUUCCUUCCUUUUUUCUUUCUUUCCUUCUUUCCUUCCUUCCCUCAUUCCUUCUUUUCUUCCUUCUUUCGUUCUUCUUUCUUUCCUAUCUUUCUUAUUUCCUUCCUUAUUUCCUUCCUUCUUUCCUUCUUUCCUUCCAUCUUUCCUUCUUCUUUCCUUCCUUUUUUCUUUUUUCCUUCCUUCUUUCCUUCUUUCCUUCCUCCUUUCCUUCCCUCCCUCCUUCAUUCCUUCCUUCUUUCGUUCUUCUUUCCUUCCUAUCUUCCUUCUUUCCUUCCUUAUUUCCUUCCUUCCUUCCUUCUUUCCUUCCCUCCCUCCUUCCUUCUUUUCUUCCUUCAUUCUAUCAUUUCAACUCUCAUUUUUUUUCCUUUUUUCCUUCCAUACUUUCUUCUUUUCUUCUUGGUAUCUUUCUUUCUUUACUUCUUUAUUUCUUCGUUUCUUCAUUCUUUCUUUCCAUCCUUUCUUCCUUGCAGAUUCCUUCCUCUCUUCCUUCUUUAUUUCCUUCUUUCCUUCUUUCUUUCCUUUUUUCCUUCCUACUUUCCUCUCUACCUUCUUUCCUUCCUUUCUUCCUUCCUGCUUUCCUUCUUCUCUUCCGUCUUUCUUUCCUUCUUUCAUUCUUUCUUUCCUUUCUUCCUUCCUUGCUGCUUUCCUUCCUCCCUUCCUUCUUUCCGUCUUUCUUUCAUUCCUUCCUCCCUCCCUUCUUACCUCCUUCCUUCCUACUUUCCUUCCUGUCUCCCUUUUUCUUUCCGUCUUUCCUUCUUUCUUUCCUUCCUUUCUUCCUUCCUUCCUGCCUUUCUUCCUCCCUUCCUUCUUUCCUUCUUUCCUUCCUUCCUUCCUUCCUUCCUGCUUUCCUUCCUCCCUUCCUUCUUUCCUUCUUUCUUUCCUUUCUUCUUUCCUUCCUUCCUUCCUUCCUGCUUUCCUUCCUGUCUCCCUUUUUUCUUUCCGUCUUUCUUUCUUUCCUUUCUUCUUUCCUUCCUUCCUUCCUUCCUGCUUUCCUUCCUCCCUUCCUUCUUUCCUUCUUCUUUCCUUUCUUCUUUCCUUCCUUCCUUCCUACUUUCCUUCCUGUCUCCCUUCUUUCUUUCCAUCUUUCUUUUCUUUCUUUCUUCCUUCCUUCCUUCUUUCCUUCCUCCCUUCUUUCUUUCCUUCUUUCCUUCCUUUCUUCCUUCCUUCCUGCUUUCCUUCCUCCCUUCCUUCUUACCUUCUUUCCUUCCUUUCUUCCUUCCUUCCUGCCUUUCUUCCUCCCUUCCUUCUUUCCUUCUUUCCUUCCUUUCUUCCUUCUUUCCUUCCUCCCUUCCUUCCUUCUUUCUUUCUUUCCUUUCUUCUUUCCUUCCUUCCUUCCUGCUUUCCUUCCUGUCUCCCUUCUUUCUUAUCGUCUUUCUUUCCUUCUUUCCUUUCUUUCUUCCUUCCUUCCUUCUUUCCUUCCUCCCUUCCUUCUUUCCUUCCUUUCUUCCUUCCUUCCUGCCUUUCUUCCUCCCUUCCUUCUUUCCUUCUUUCCUUCCUUUCUUCCUUCCUUCUUUCCUUCUUGCUUUCCUUCCUGUCUUCCUUAUUUCCUUCUUUCUUUCCUUCCUUCUUUCUUUUUUUCCUUCCUUCCUUCUUUCCUUCCUGCUUUCCUUUCUGUCCUCCUUCUUUCUUUUCUUCUUUCCUCCCUUUCUUCCUUCCUCGCUCAUUUUCAUUAUUCCUGUUUUGUCUUUUCAUUUCGCCUUCCUUUCUUUCUUCCUUCCUUCCUUUCAAUUUUCUUUCUUCAUAAAUUGUUUUUUCUUUCGUUCUUUCUUUUUUAUUCAUUAAUUUUCUUUCGCCUUCCUUCCUUUCUUCCUCACUUUUUGCUUUCUUUCCUUCUUUUAAUUUCGCUUUCGUUCGUUCGUUCAUCCUUUCCUUCUUUGAAUACUUCCUCUCUGCUUCACCCUCCUUCUUUUUUGUCCGUUUUCUUUCUUUCUUUUAAUUUUUUCUCUCUAUUCCACCUUCAUUCCUUCCUCUCCUCCUAUUUCCUCUUUUUUUCUUUCCUUCUUUCUUUGUUUCUUUUCUCAUUGAUUUCUUCUUUCAUGUCUUUUUCUUUCUUUCUUUUUUCAUUCUUUCUUUCAUUCUUUCUUUCUUUCUUUCUUUCUUUCUUAUCUUCUUUCUUUUUUCCUUUCUUUGUCGCCUUCUCUCUUUUCUUUCUUUCGUUCAUUUGUUCUUUCUUUCUUUCUUUCUUUCUUUUUUUCUGCCUGCCUGCCCAUCUGUUUGCCUAUUGUAUGUUUUUAAUUAUUUCUGUAAUUGCAUCUUUCUCAGUUUCUUUCUCGUAA